AUUUUAUCUCUCUCUUUCUAUAUAUAUAUAGAAGAAGAAGGUGAACAAUGGACAUAGACCUUUGUCGCCAAGCUAAACCAUUAGAUCCAUCCAAAACUAAGAGUGCAAUUAGUGAGCUUAAGGGUUGGCAAAGAGUUGUAGUGGAAAAUUAAGUGAGGAAAAAAAGAGAAAAGGAAGUUAUUAAUUAAUUAUUGAUUAUUAAGAGAGAGAUCAAGAUAAUGGUGAGACCCCCUUGUUGUGACAAAGGAGGAGUGAAGAAAGGGCCAUGGACUCCUGAAGAAGAUAUCAUUUUAGUUACUUACAUCCAAGAACAUGGUCCUGGUAACUGGAGAGCUGUUCCCACCAAUACUGGGUUGCUUAGAUGCAGCAAGAGUUGUAGGCUUAGAUGGACAAACUAUUUAAGGCCAGGAAUCAAAAGAGGCAACUUCACAGAACAUGAAGAAAAGAUGAUUGUCCAUCUCCAAGCCCUUUUAGGCAAUAGAUGGGCUGCAAUUGCGUCUUAUCUUCCACAGAGGACAGACAAUGACAUUAAGAACUAUUGGAACACUCACUUGAAGAAGAAACUCAACAAAGCCAAUCAAGAUUCUCAUCAAGAACUUGACCAAUCAAGAGACCGUUCCUCACUCUCUUCUUCCCCAUCAUCUUCAUCUGCUAAUUCCAACUCAAACAUCGCAAGAGGCCAAUGGGAAAGAAGGCUCCAAACCGAUAUUCACUUGGCCAAAAAGGCUCUCUCUGAGGCUUUGUCUCCUGCCUUAGCACCGAUCAUUACCACUACGGCAACAACAUCUUCUUCUGCUGAAUCAAAACGUUCUAUUUCCUCAGCUAGUGGGUUUCUUAGGACGCAAGAAACAUCUACCACUUAUGCCUCAAGCACCGAGAAUAUAGCAAAAUUGCUUAAAGGGUGGGUUAAGAACUCGCCAAAGACUCAGAACUCAGCGGAUCAAAUGGUUUCUCCAGAUUCUGAGACAAAAGAAGUGAUCAAGAGUGCUGUAGAGAAGGACUGUGCAGGACCAUUUUCAGGGUUCGAUCACUUGAAAGAUUGUGACUCAUCAUAUCACCAAGCUGGAGUUUCACCUGAUCAUGAGACCAAACCAGACAUAACUGGAUGCAGUAACCAAAGUCAAUUGUCUUUGUUCGAGAAGUGGUUGUUUGAGGACUCUGGUGGACAGAUUGGUGAUAUUUUAUUGGAUGAAAACCCUCAUUUCUUCUGAUUUUUUUGGUUAAUCAGAUGGUUUCCAAAUUAACUCGCUAUAUUUAUCAUGUCCACCCAAUGAUUUUAGUAUUGGUGUAAUAUUUUCUAAUAAUUUUUAUUUGAACUAUUGUUUUAUAUUAUAGGUAUGUUAGGAAAAUGUAAGAAAAAUAACUCUCAAAUAUAAUGUUAAAGAGAUUAAUCCCGUG